UCCAAAUUGAGUUUGACAGUUUCCAAAUUCGAUGAUGAUUCAUAUAUGACUAUACUCCUAAGCAAAACAGUCCUUAAAAAUUGGUUUGGGCCCAGCCCGAAACCCUUUAAUUGGGCCAUAAUAAUCCGAACUUGACGGCUUUGUAUUGAGAAAGCUUCCCAAUUUGCCUGAAAAAUCUCAGUAAAGAGUUAAUUUCAGACUUGGAGAGUUGGAGUGGACGAUGAUGGCAAUGAAGAGAAGAGCGGCUUCAUUAGGUACCGCUGCUGCUGCUAAUUGUACUACUCUUGCUUCAUUUCUCUCUGCAUUCCGAAGCCCUAAACCCCAAUUAGCUUUCUGUUCAGCUAUAGCAACUAGUAGUGAUAAAAUUAGAAAUCAUCAGCACCAAAUUGGGACGUCUUCUGGUAAUGUUUUGCAAUUUCUUUCUGGGUUGAAGGGUAGGAUUGAUAGUAUUGACAGUCUUGAUGAUGCUCUAAGCUUAUACCAGCAGCUGGUCCGGAUGAGGCCUCUGCCCUGUGUUUUUUAUUUCAAUCGACUGGUGGACCGCAUUGUUAAGAUGAAGAAGCAUUAUUCAUCUGCUGUCUCAGUUUUCAGAGAUAUGUACGUCAGGGGCAUUCCUCUUAGUGACUACACCCUCAAUGUUGUGAUUAAUUGUUACAGCCUCUUGGGUCGAGUGGAUUUGGGAUUUUCUGUAUUGGGUGUCUUCUUCAAGCGUGGUAUUCUGCCCGACAUAGUCACCUUUAAUACUCUACUUAAAGGACUCUUUCGGGAACAUAAGGUUCCCCAAGCACAAGAAUUUUUUAAGAAAAUAAUAUUCGAAAAGCUUUGCGAGCCCGAUGAAGUUACGUUUCUGAUUGUGAUAGAUGGGCUCUGUAAGGUGGGCAACACUCAAAAGGCUGUUGAAUUCCUAAGAGUCAUGGAAAAAAGAAGAAGAUGUAAGCCCAAUGUUAAUGUGUACAAUACUAUCAUUGACAGCUUUUGCAAAGAUAAAAUGGUCGGUGAAGCUCUUGCCCUUUUGCAGGAGAUGAUUGAAAAGGGCAUUUCCCCAGAUGUUGUCACUUAUAAUUGUUUGAUUGGUGGUCAAUGCAAUUUAAAUAGAUGGAAAGACGUUACAAAGCUCUUUUCUGAGAUGAAAGAUUACAAAAUUACUCCCGAUAUUGUUACUUUCAAUAUAGUGGUGGAUGCACUGUGUAAGGAAGGGCAUAUUGAAGUUGCUGAAGAGGUAGUCGGCAUCAUGAUUAGGCAAGGUCACAAUCCCAAUCUGGUCACAUACAGUUCCUUAAUGGAUGGAUACUGUUUAAAGCGCCGAAUAGAUGAAGCAAGGAGGGUCUUUGAAGCCAUGGUUAUUAGCGGCCUUACCCCUAACCUCCAUAGCUAUGGUAUUCUGAUAAAUGGCUAUUUCAAGCACAAGAAAGUGGAAGCAGCCAUGAAUAUCUUUCGUGAGAUUCAGCAUAAAGGUUUAACACCUAAUAUUGUUGUUUAUAACACUGUCUUGCAGGGGUUAUAUAGUGUAGGAAGCUAUCUUGGUGCAAGAGAAGUUUUCGAUGAGAUGCAAACUGCUGGCAUAAAGCCUAAUUUUUACACUUUCUGUGUAAUGUUGGAUGGAUUAUGCAAGACUGGACAUGUCAACGAAGCAUUGCAGUUAUUCCAUUCAAUGGAAGCUGAUGGAAUCGAUCAUCAUAUAGGCAUGUACAGUAUCAUCCUUGAUGGUUUGUGCAAAAGUGGGAGGCUAGAUAGUGCUCGUGAUCUUUUUGACAAUCUCUAUGAUAAAGGAUUGGAUCCUAAUGUCCCAACAUACACCACAAUGAUUGCUGGCCUGCUUUCACAAGGCCUGCUCACCGAAGCUAAAGAGCUUUUUGGAAAAAUGGAAGAAAAUGGUUGCCUGGCAGAUAGCGUUACAUACAAUGUUAUUCUGCAAAAACUCCUUAAAGGAGGCCAUUAUGAUGAUGCAAUAGUCUACUAUGAAGAAAUGGUUCGUAGAGGUUUCUUGCUAGAUGCAUCUACUUUUUCCAUUUUACUUGAUUCAUCUACUGAAAAAGAGAAAAAUCCUUCUCUACUUAUGUUGAUGCUGAAGAUUGGUCCUGAUAGCAAGAAGUUUAUUGAUGGGGGAUAAAGAGGACCUUCACAUUGGUUGCAACUUUUGGUCCUACUGGUUUUUGGCCCCUAAACUUUAACUAACAUUAUUUAGGUUUGCUUUUGAUUCUGUUUUAACUUAUCAUCUUUAUGGAAUAUAAGAAGUGUUGCAGCUGAGCCUCGAGUAGCUCUCUUGGUCAUAUUUUGUGAAAUGCCUCAAAGUUCUUCAGUCCAGGUGGAAGAAGCUGCGGUCUUUAAGGGAAGUUCAAUUUAUAACUGUACUGGUGCAGCAGUUCACAGAAGCCUGCUGGUGUUAAUUGGAUAUGUACAGCUUCUUCAGAGAGACUUCUUGCUUAACCUUUCUUAGAGAACUUCAGCGUAGAAUAUCACAUAAAAGGAGGGAGGUGAAAGUUUGUAUGGGAUGUGAAGAUUUCUUGUCAGAUAAGGCUGCAUUGAAACAAUCAAUUAGGUUCAAGUCAUCUUCCAAAACGACACACAUGUUUCCAAACAAAUUCAAUGGAUUUGAUUCAUUCUCUAAGAAGCCAAAGAGAAGGUGAAUGAGAUCUUUGUUUCUGCUAAAGAAAUAAUUUAUUUACAUCAUCUUGCCUAAUAAUUCGAAUUUUCCUUCUUUUAAGAUUUAUUGUAUUAGGUUUUAUUAAUAUGCAUGGAAAUUUAUGGUUCAAUUUCAAUCUCUUUUGGUUUCAAACAGGGAAUAAUUGUUUCUGGAGGAUAAUGAUCUAAUUGUGGCUUUAGCAUUUUCUCACAUAGGUUUAAGAAAGUUUUUCAACCAGUUGGCAGGGUGGGAUUAAGUAGCUAGGUAUCUGUAUACACUAUAUGGCUAAAUUCAAAUGUACAAGUCAUUAAUGACAAGUUUUCUAGAUCCAAGACUGAAUGCUGUCUUUUGUGCCUCUUUUCCAUUUAAAUAGAAAAACUCUGUACCUUCUCUUCUGGUCAGAAUAUAUCUACCUAUCUAAUAUAUUAAUUACGGAUAUGCUAAUAUACAGCUAAUAUAGUAGACCAUAAUCAGCUGCCCUUGAUUAGUGCAAUUAGUAGACCAUAAUCAGCUACCCUUGACUUUUGUAAUUAGUAGACUAGAUCCCAUAAUCAGCUGUCCUUGACUUUUGCAUUUAGUAGACCAUAAUCAGCUGACCUUGACUUUUGUAAUUAGUAGACUAGAUCUCGUUGCCCUUGAUAUCCCCCCUCAAAUUGAUGCUGGUCGAUCAAAAAGCAUUAAUUUGUCAACCAGAAAAUUGUGUCUAUGACGAGAGAGAGCUUUCGUAAGUAUAUCAGCAGUUUGAAGAUCAGUGGUGAUAUGAGGAAGAGAGAUAACAUGAUCAUCAUAUGCUUCGCGGAUAGAGUGACAAUCAACUUCAAUAUGUUUUGUACGCUCGUGAAAUACAGGAUUAGCACGAUUAGUAGCUCUUGGUAAUCGGCAAGAGUAUGGAGUAGAUUAUGAGGAGACCUUUGCUCUUGUGGCAAAGAUGACAACAGUUCGACUUGUUCUAGCUAUUGCUGCUUCUACGGGCUGGUCAUUGCGACAGAUGGAUGUUAAGAAUGCCUUUUUACAUGGCAAUCUUCAAGAAGAGAUUUAUAUGACUCCACCAUUAAAGUUAUUUUCUACAUCUUCAUCUGAUGUUUGUAAGCUAAAACGCUCACUCUAUGGCUUAAAACAAGCUCCACGGGCUUGGUUUGAUAAGUUCCGUUCUACGCUUAUUAGCUUCUCAUUUGUUCAGAGUCAGUAUGACUCCUCUUUGUUUCUUCGCAAGACUGAUAAGGGACUUGUUUUACUUCUGGUAUAUGUUGAUGAUAUUGUUGUCACAGGAAAUGACUCUGAAUUAAUAUCUCAACUUCAGGAGCAUCUUCAACGUUCUUUUCAUAUGAAGGAUUUAGGUCCUCUACAGUAUUUUUUGGGUCUAGAAGUGCACUCUACCUCAGCUGGUAUUUUCUUACAUUAGCAUAAACACAUCCAGGAAUUAAUUGCUUUGGCAGGUCUCCAAGAUGGUCGGUCUGUUGAUACCACAUUGGAAGUAAAUGUUAAAUAUCGCCGUGAUGAGGGUGAUUUUCUCUCAGAUCCCUCUCUCUAUCGGCAAUUGGUGGGAAGUCUCAACUAUUUAACUAUUACUCAGCCUGAUAUUUCAUUUGCUGUUCAACAAGUUAGUUAAUUUAUAGAGGCGCCUAGGCACCUCCAUCUAGCUGCUGUUCGUCACAUUAUUCGUUUUUUACUAGGCACUUCCUCUCGUGGUCUUUUCUUCUCCAGAAAUUCUCCUCUUCAUUUGGUAGCCUAUAGCGACGCUGACUGGGCGGAUUGUUCGGAUACUAGACGUUCAGUUACCGGGGAAGGAGAAGAAAGUCCCAUGACUUAUUUUGCAGAAGAAAACCCCUUGUCCUCAAGGAUUGGAAGGGUACUUAUUGAACUGAAGGGAAAAAAAAAAGCAUGAAUGCUCAACAGGAGAAGAAACUGAUUCAUGUGCAACUUGCUCAGCUCCAUUCUUUGUGGCUAGCAGUUGUUAAUUGUGAAGAUUUAAAGGUGUACCAGGGCAUUCCUUUGUCCGAUAAGACCGAGGGAGUAGUGGCAGUGGUGAAUAAAUCAGGAGCAAGGAACUUUUUUCAGUCUAUGAAGCAAAUUUAGUGGGAUGGGAUGGUGGAUUUCGAAAUUUAGUCAAGUGGAACCCUUGCAAGAGAAUGGUUGGAGGCCUUGCAACAGAAACUAGAAGCAGAAGCGAAAAGGCUCAAGCCCACAUCACCAAAACGUGCAUGGAAAAAGCACUAGAUGAGCAGCACUUUUUUUUCCCCCCAAAACUUCAUAAUGUAAAUCCCUUUCUUUUUGUUUUUAGCAAAUGGCAAAGCCUUUUUUGGCAUCAAAGACGACUCUGCUUCAUCUCACCUUCUGUAGUAUUCAUUAAAAAUUGCUUAAUUGUUUUUCAGCAUUUGUUUCAGUUGAUAAAGUUUUCACAAUGUAAUCUAAUAGACUAUAUUGACACUUUGUCUCACUUUAGAAAUUCAUAUUGAUUAUGAUGAAUAUUUCUAC